UCUAAUUCACCGUGUAUAGUGUUUAUGGAUGAGAUAGAUGCUAUAACUCAGAAAAGAGAAACAGCAUCUAAAGAGAUGGAAAGAAGAAUUGUCACUCAGUUAUUAGCCUGUUUAGAUGAUUUAAACAGUAAACCAGAAGCUAAUGUAUUAGUAAUAGGAGCUACCAAUAGACCUGAUAGUAUUGAUCCUGCCUUAAGACGUGCUGGAAGAUUUGAUAGAGAAAUAUCAUUAGGUAUACCUGAUGAAUCAGCCAGAUAUAGAAUAUUACAAGUACUGUGUAGAGAAUUAAGAUUAUCAACAGAUUUUAGUUAUGAAUCACUAGCUCAUAAUACUCCAGGUUUUGUUGGUGCUGAUUUAUCAGCUCUAGCAAGGGAGGCAGCCAUGAAUGCUGUCAAUAAAAUAUUUAAUGAAGUACAGUCUCAGUCAGAGAUACCAAUGGUUUGUGAUGAUGUCAAUAUCAAAGAUCCUGAACUUUUAACAGUGUUACAAUGGUUAAAAGAACAACCUCCAUUAUCAGAUCACCAACUACAAAAUCUCUUCAUUACCAUGGAAGACUUUCAGUCAGCAUUGAAACAUGUUCAGCCAUCAGCUAAAAGAGAAGGUUUUGCUACUAUACCAGAUGUUACAUGGGAUGAUAUUGGUGCUUUAAAACAAGUUAGAGAUGAACUACAGUUAGCUAUAUUGGCACCGGUCAAACACAGUGCUGAGUUUAAAGCUCUUGGACUCACAUCACCUCCAGGAAUCCUACUAGCUGGUCCUCCAGGUUGUGGUAAAACAUUACUGGCUAAAGCUAUAGCUAAUGAGUCUGGUAUUAACUUUAUAUCUGUCAAAGGUCCUGAAUUGUUAAACAUGUAUGUCGGUGAAAGUGAACGAGCCGUUAGACAAGUGUUUCAAAGGGGCCGUAACUCCUCUCCAUGUGUGAUAUUUUUUGAUGAAAUUGAUUCCCUUUGUCCUAGAAGAUCUGCUGCAACAGAUGUUAGUAAAUUAUUUGAAUUGUUUAAAAUCCAAAUCUCAAAAUAUGCAAUAUCAGUCAAGGCCCUUUCGUGGUAG